CAUAUCAGUGUCAUUACAUCCUUACAUGAAGACUACAUUUCAAUGUAGAUUAAAGUAAUAGAAGGCCUGGGGUAGUGGAUAAAUAAAUACAUUAGCACGUGGUGACACUACACUUACCCUUGGAACUGUCAAACUGUCACAUCUGGACGGCGAUGACGAAGCACAAUACGUGGAAGUGACAAUGGGUUACAUAACCAGAAAAAGAGGUUUCAAAGGACGUCAUCUCUUCCCUAGAAGAUUCUAGAACUUUGGGGACAACAUUUGUCCCAAGACAUUAAAUCGUAUCUCGAAAAAAAGAUUCUCAGCAAACAUCAAUGGAACCUGCGAGGAGCAGAUCGUCCAAAACCGUUGCAACAUUGGAGACUUCCACAAACAAAUCUGAAGCCGCCAUAGCGUCUGUACUGGGUCCCUCGAUGCGUGCGCCACCGUACCAACAGCGGCGUGGCGUUCUGCACAUAAAGCAGGAACCAACUCCACCAUCCGGAAGCGUUCAAAGCGAACCGGCACGGCCAGCAAAGGUGAAGCAAGAGUGCAUCGAUGCCCCAAGCCAGAAAGCAGCACCGAUCAUGCCACUCCAAGCUUCGUUCCAGUCGCAGCUGCCUGCCGAGAUCGCCAAUCCACCGGUAGUGCCGAAACGAAAGCCGGCUCAAGCACGUGCCACAACGACCCGGAAGCCAGCAGCAGCAACAGCACCAUCCCGCCGACCAUCCCGUGCAGCCGUCCCGCGGACAGCCACUGCCGGGAGCAAGCCGCCACCCCAGCAAGCCAGCCGGGCGGCUUCGUCCCGCAACCGCAACUACCGCAUACCCAUCCCCGAUCCGGCCGGCGGUACCAUCAACAUUGGCGAGGAUCUGGACUACGAUUUUCUGAUGACGCGCGUCUAUCCGUACGUGUCCUGCUUUCCGGCCGCCCGCAAGCUGGUCAUCUACGACAAGAUGCUGCAGCUGGUGUACCGCGAGUACAUGCGUGAGAAGCGCGCGCUGGACACGGCGACAUUUGCCGGGCCGGAGCUGCCUUGAGCCGCGGAACAGGCUUUCCCUUUGCGUGGGGCUGUGAUGUUAGGUAGCUUUGUUUUUGUGAACCUCAUUAUUGUAGCUCAAUUCAAAUACAUUCUUUGUCCUUCUGCGAAGAG